UCUGUCAGACGCCAAAAAAUGGCCAUGCUCUCCAUGACUGUCAUAACUCAAGCAUUUGCCGGCCACCUUGGUGACCUCAACCUCGCUGCCAUUUCCAUUGCCACCACUGUUAUUAUCUCCAUCGCUUUUGGAAUCUUGUUAGGAAUGGCUAGCGAACUUGAGACUUUAUGUGGACAAGCAUACGGAGCCAAGCAGUAUCAUAUGUUGGGUGUUUACUUGCAACGACGUUCAUGGAUUGUUCUCUUCAUUUGUUGCAUUCUUUUACUACCUUUAUUCAUUUUUGCUGCUCCAGUUUUAAAGCUCAUGGGACAACCAACCAAUGUGGCUGACCAAACGGGUUUAGUUGCAAUUUGGCUGAUACCAUUUCACUUAAGCUUACCAUACUUCACACUGCAAAAAUUUAUACAGAGCCAGCUGAAGACUGCAGUGAUUGCUUGGGUUUCUGCAAAAACCCAACUUGCAGUUCACUUGUUAAUAAGUUGGGUUUUUGUUUACAAGUUGGGAGUUGGGGUUGUUGGGACUGCCAUCACCCUUGAUUUCUCCUGGUGGUUGACUGUUGUGGGACUCUUUGUUUAUGCUGUUGGUGGUGGUUGUCCACUUUCUUGGACUGGUUUCUUUGCACAGGCUUUCUUUGAGCUCUGGGAUUUUUUCAAACUCGCUUUGGCCUCUGGUGUUAUGGUCUUCUUGGAGAACUUUUAUUACAUAAUAUUGAUUAUAGUGUCUGGAUAUUUGCACAAUAUAGAAACUGCAAUUGGUGCUCUUUCAAUUUGCAUAUCAAUCUCUGCUUGGGAAUCCAUGAUUCCGUUGGGGUUUUUAGCCGCAACCGGUGUGCGUGUAGCAAAUGAGCUCGGUGCAGGCAAUGCCAACGGUGCCAAAUUUGCAACUAUAGUGUCAUUGAUUACAUCUCUAGCAGUUGGAUUUUUCUUUUGGUCAAUUAUUAUGGCCUUUCAUGAGGCACUUGCAAUGAUCUUCACCUCAAGUUCCUAUGUUAUUACAAUGUUUAAUCAGUUCUCAACCUUAUUGGCGUUCACCAUUCUUCUCAACUGCAUCCAACCAGUUCUUUCAGGUGUGGCUGUUAGAUCCGGUCGGCAAGGUGUGGUGGCAUUUGUAAACAUAGGUAGCUACUAUUUAGUCGGAGUUACUCUCGGUGUCUUCUUCGGAUGGCUUCAAUUCGGCAUCAAGGGUAUCUGGGCUGGAAUGAUAUGUGGAACUGUGGUUCAGACAUUGAUACUAGUUAUCAUAACAAUCAAAUGCAACUGGGAAAUAGAGGCACAAAAGGCUCGAAGUCAUAUAUCAAAUGCAACAGCUUCCUACCAAUAACAUCAUUUUUCAAGUGUGAUCAUACGAGUUUUUGUUACAAUUCUUUUUGUUGGUUUGUCUUAUGCUUUAUUCGUUUUCAUAUGCAC